GCUGAAAGAGAUUGCAUACAUUGACAGAAAGGGUGUUAACAAAUCCUAAUCCCAAAUGGGUAUUCCCAAUUUAACUGUUCAAGUUCUCAACCUUUCUCCUGGUAUGAUCCUUGAUGACCUGAUUUUGUUCUUCUCUUAUUGUGGAACUGUUGAGGAUAUUGAGGUUGAGAUCAGCUUAAAUAAAGCCCAACCCAGGUCAGCUCUGGUGUCAUUCAAGCAGCCAUAUGCUUUCCAAACUGCUCUUCUCUUAAAUGGGGCAAAUUUCGCAGGCCAGCCAGUUCAUGUUCUGCAAUUGAAGUAUUUUGCAUAUCCUUCACACAUAGAUAAAGUGACUAAUCUCAGACAGACUCAGAUUUGGUGCUAUAUUACUGUUUCUAGUUCAGAUAUGGUUUUAUGGGCUAUGGGUGUGUAUUCUACAGAACCGCUUCGUACAAGGGAUUGUUCUGACAAAGCGCUUUCGGAGAGAGGUAGAGAUCAACUGAUUCACCGGACAGGACAUAAUGUUGUUGCAGCAAAGCAGGCAGAAGCAGACAAAGCAGGCAGCAUCACAAAUGGUGAGUAUGUUUCAUCUGGUACUGUUUGGUUCUCUGCAAUGUUUGGAAAAGCUUCCAAGAGUAUCUCAGAAUUGAGCACCUCUAGGAAGAGGAAUAACCCCAAUUCUAGGAAGCAAAAAUAAGCUGCACCAGGAUUUUCUCUCCCAAAGUUGAGAUUGUAGGAAAAAUGUAUCAACUAAAAUAAUAAUUUUAUG